AUGAUGCCUCUACUAGCACAAAUGUAUGAGGGGAAACAGAAUAUGUCCUUCCAACAACCUCGGCCCUAUAAAUGCUCUGAUCCUGGCUGUGGCGCUAGCUAUUUGCGCAGGGAGCAUUUGAUUAGACAUGAAGCUCAGCAUAGUGAGGCUCCGGCUCAUGUAUGUAAAGUGUGUGGACUUGGGUUUAGUAGGAGUGACUCUCUUCGACGCCAUGAGAGAGCUCAUACCAAAGACUCGACUGCGGUCGUCCCUAGAGUAUCAAAGGCCUGUGAUCGAUGUCAUGCUCUAAAAGCGAGAUGCGACAAAGGAAAUCCAUGUGCAAUCUGUGCCAAGAAGGGUCUUCAAUGUACCUUUGACAGAAGCUUCAAGAGGGAGGGUCGGAGCGCGAGUAUUCUGUCCGGGACUAAUCAUGAGGAGACGCAGGCUGGAAGAAAACGUAGGCGUGUUGAGCAGGAUUUACCAGAUCGAUUGCUUGGUUUGUAUGAUUUGAUUGGCGCGGUGGUUGCUUCUUCGUCUACGCCUACACCACCUCCGCCUGCUUAUACUACUUCUGCGCCUCUAAAACUCCACCAGAAACAAUCACAAGCAGAAGAGGCAUCAAUACAAAGCCUCCGUGUCGCCGUACAACAACAAGAAGCUCAAAUCCAGUAUGGCCUGAUGAACGUGAGUGCCCAGAAACAGCCUCCAACCCAACAUCCGGACCACCAGGAAGAAGAUGUGGACCAUCCCAUCCUACGACUUUCAGAUGUCUAUACAACCUCAAAAUCCUUCCUAGCAAACGAAAACUUCUCAAAUGAAUUAGAGUCCGAAGAAAUGACCAAUCUCAUGUGCGACCUUGACGCCAAGUACUACGUUGAACUUUACUUUGCGCAUUUCCACGGUCAAUGGCCCUUCCUGACCAAACCACAAUUCAAUCCAGAGAUUGAACCGCCGAUCCUGGUCCUUGCUAUGGUGAUCUGUGGGCUCAGAAUGACCGAGGAAAAAACUUUGAUGAGACUUGCUUGGUUAAUUCAUGCGCAUUUACAUGCUAUUUUUGUGACGCAGAUGGAAAACUGGACAGUAAAAGAAUAUUCAUCUCAUCGUUGGCCAAUCGCUACAUACCAAGCUAUUCUGCUCUUCACCAUCUUUACUAUUACGGCGAAUGACUACGAAGAAGUCUUUGGACCUGACGAUUAUGAGGAUGAAGAAACAGAAGAUGUCCACGAUCGCAUAUAUCCCAUCUUCACCAAUCUCGUCGACACAUGUCGUGUCCAGCGCAUCCUCCACUAUCCCUCUAUGCUCUCACAAAUUCACGCCGACGAUCCACUAGUCUACAAGUUCACCGCGUCCGAGGAAUUCAAAUACUUCGCUAUAACACUGUUCAAGGUUGACAACAUCCUCUCAAAACUUAUUCAGCUAGCAAAAAACGACGACGACGACAAGCCACAGGAAUAUACGGCGUUGUCGAUAUCAGAACUCCAAUUCCCGCCCCCCAUUAACAGUUAUGUAUGGGAAGCAGACGGUAUCCGCGAGCUACUUCGUCGGCGUGCGCGGCAGUGUCGAGACCCGUCGCGUUCGUCGGAUAUUUAUGGUGCGAUUAUGGCUGAUGAUCGAGAGACGGUGUUGAAUCGUGAAUCCAAUCCGUGGAUUUGUGAUAUUUUGGGCUCUGCAGACAAGGAGUCUGGGGCGUUGCAGCGGGGGAAAUUCGGAUUGGGAAGGAAGAGAAGAAAGGAUUGGAUGAGUCUGGGUCCUUGGUUGGGAUAUUUGGUUGGUUUGGAUGUUGGAUCUGCUGCACAUGUAUGA